AUGGAGCGAUCGGGGCAUCCGGGCGGUCGAAGUGAAUCGCUGGAGCAUCUGAGCGGCGGCAACAUGGGCAGCCGCGGGAAUUCCGCCUACCUCCGGCGUCCUUCCUCCCGGAAACUCAAUUCGGAGAGCCUCAACGACCUAUUGGAUCUGGAGGCCGAGUUCCGGAGCCUCACCUCCGCCUGCUCGCUCAGGGAGGAAGACUUGCUCGACGGAAAGCGGCGGGAGAACUCCGCUCGGUACGGCCGCCGCGCCGUCUCCGCCACGCCCUCCACCACCCCCUCCGCCUCCACCCCCCGCGACGACCCCCUGGAAGACGAGUUCCUCAGGGGACAGACCAAGACGACCAAGCCCGCUGCGAGGGAGGCGAAGCGUGGGAGCCAGACCUCCCUCGAGGAGUCGUGGAUCUCUCUCAGCGCCUUCAAUCAGCUCCAGCGCGGUCGCAUCUCCAUCGACAUGAGAGACGACGUCCUGGACCUUUACCUGAGCGAGGGAACGACGGAGGCGCGUGACUCGGCCGAGGGGUUCGUGAUCCCCGAGCUACCCAAGGGGGUUCACCUCACGGUGGACAUCAAGAGCACCUGGGGAGACAGGCACUACGUGGGGCUCAACGGGAUCGAGGUCUUCGGGGAGACGGGGGAGCCCCUAAGAGCCGACAAG